AUGCAGAUUUGGAGCCACCUGGAAAAGCCCUGCAUUCGACGACUUCAGUGUCUCCUCCUCGUGAUCCACUGUCACAUCCACCUAGGCCAUUUCUCUCGAGCCUACAUGCUCGCAGGCCUUGCAGCUCGGGCGGCUACGGCAUUGAGAUUGAACUAUGAGCGACCAGAACUUAGCUUCGUCGCGCAAGAAACACGGCGACGGGUAUUGUGGACCUUGAGCUCGAUCGAUGGAUUUUUCUCAGUCGGGCUCCCUGAAUACGAAACGAUCCCACAUACGAUCAUCUACCAACGACUCCCGAGCACUGAAGAAGCCUUUUGGGGUGGAAAUGCAGAGGGUAACCUGGCUGAUCAUCAGCCUCCCCUAGAAGCCUUGUCAAGUGGAGGCGGAAGCCUGUUAGCUGCUUGCAUUCGGCUUUCCAAGAUCUCCAAAGACAUCAUGCGGCUCACUCGGCAACUAGCUCUGUCAGAGCAACCAUUGGCACAACUAGGCGGGUUCAUCCAGGAAAUCCAAAAUGAUCUAUGGCGCCUCCGGGCCGAUAUACAGCUCUCUUUCAACUAUCAAGUGGAAUCUUCGACUCGCAUAUUUGCGAUGACUGGCUCUCGGUGGUUUGCCCGCUUCCUCCAAAUAACAGUCACAUGGCACCAAGCUCACUGUGACCUAUACCGGUUGUUUCUGCCAGAGUACCAGGAAGCCGCUCCGAAAAUAAUUAUGGAUUCCAUCGAGCCUAGCUUGAAGGACAACGCCCUUCAAAAGUGUGAAGAGCACGUUCACCACAUCAACGAAAUCAUUCAGGGGCUACUCCAUCUCACCUCGACCCCGAUACUGCCGUCCUACCUUGCCAUAUGCUGCUACCAGGCAACACGCUUGAGCCUUUUUCUCGCAGCCUCUCCGAUCCUGAGAGUGCAACUCGACGCAGCUACGGCAGUCGAAAAUGCUAAUCUUGCCCUGGCCGUUCUGGAAAGGUUUUUCUCUAAUUCACCUUCUGUGGGAAAGAUAGUCCUGGAUAUACAGCACCUCCUACAGCUGUCACAUACUCAACCGGGGUCCAUAUACAGAGAAUUGUGCUGUCUAUCCCCGCCAUUUGAUCAGGGCCGUCAUCGACAUAGUCAUCUGGCUGUUCACAGCUUAGUUCGACAAGCUAAUUUUGUGGAUGACGGAUACGAGGACUAUGACGACUAG